UGAAAAGGGCUUGGUUCUCGGAGUGGGAGGAGGAGAACUACAUCUUUAACAGCCCACAUUGGAGAGACCAGAGCAAGAUAUCAGCGGAGACGACGUGCACCAUAACUGGCUGGUGUAACUACGUAGCGUAUUGUGGAACUAUUAUACAAAAAAAUUGUCAUAAUAGCCACGAAAGAAGGCGUAAGAUGGGACCUACCAUGAUGCCUAUAUUGGUGGCUGUAAUGUCAGUUUGCAUAUGGAGCAACGUCGAGGCGCUGGCCGCCGCUGAGCUGAGCGGCCCAGGAGCCCCGGCCAUGGCCGAGGUGAACGGGCCGGGGCGCCCCCUCGUGGCCGAGCCGCAGAUCGCCAUGUUCUGCGGGCACCAGCUCCUCCACAUGAACACGGAGACGGCCCAGUGGGAGCCCGACCCCCAGGGCCGGCAGGGCUGCUUCACGCUGCCCAGCCAGAUCCUGUCUUACUGCCAGGAGAUGUACCCCACACUCCAGAUCUCCCACGUGGAGGAGUCCUCCAGCCCGGCCACCAUACCGGCCUGGUGCAAGAAGGGGUGGGGCCACUGCCAGACACGCCCCUUCAUCGUGAUGCCCUUCCGUUGCCUAGUGGGCGAGUAUGUUAGCGAGGCCCUGCUGGUUCCUGACCGCUGUCGCUUCCUGCACCAGGAGCAGAUGGACACGUGUGAGACCUACGUGUUCUGGCACAACAUCGCCAAGGAGGCCUGCACCGCCGACGCCCUGGAGCUCCAUAGUUACGGGAUGCUGUUGCCGUGCGGGGAGCGGUACCGGGGGGUGGAGUACGUGUGCUGCCCGGGCCGCGGCACCGCCGCCGCCGCCAGCAGCAAGGGGGACGCUGAGGGAGGGGAGGGGCCCCCCACCGGGAGCCAGACGCUCACACUGCCGGCCCCCGGGAAGACCAGCUCUGUGGUGGUGAAGGUGACCUCCGCCCCUCCCAGCCCCUCCACAGACGUGGACGACCUGGAGGAGGAGGGCGAUGCAGUGGAGGAGGAGGAGGAGGAAGAGGAGGUGGAGGAGGAGGAGGAGGAGGAUCAGGUGGACGAGGCGGAGGAGGAAGAGGAGGUAGAGGAGGAGGAGGAGGUCGGGGAGAAGCCGCCGGUGAAGGAGCCAGAGGAGUAUGACUACCCCAUCGACUCGGGCCCGUACCAGGCCUCGGACUACCUGGACUCCUUCUACUACGAGAAGGGCCAGGGCCGCAAGCCCACCGCCUCCCCCCCGCUGACCAGAGGAGACAGCUUGCCGACCGCCCGUCCCACCGACGGCGUUGACGUGUACUUCGAGAUGCCCGGCGACGACAGCGAGCAUGCCAACUUCCUGCGCGCCAAGAUGGACCUGGAGGAACGCAGGAUGAAGCGCAUCAACGAGAUCAUGAAGGAGUGGGCCGAGGCAGACAAUCAGUCCAAGAACCUCCCCAAGUCCGAAAGGCAGUCGCUAAACGAGCACUUCCAGACGGUGCUGCAGACACUUGAGGAGCAGAUCGCCGGCCAGAGGCAGAAGCUGGUGGAGACCCACCUGGCCCGGGUUGUGGCCACGCUCAACAACAACAGGCGAAUGGCGCUUGAGAGCUACCUGACCGCCGUCCAGACAGCGCCCCCGCAGCCGGAGCGCGUGCUGCAGGCCCUGAAGAGGUACAUGGCUGCCGAGCAGAAGGACCGCCGCCACACGCUCAGACACUACCAGCACAUCGAGGCCGUGGACCCCCAGAAGGCCGAGCAGAUGAAGUUCCAGGUGUACACACACCUCCACGUGAUAGAGGAGAGGAUGAACCAGAGUCUGGCUCUGCUCUACAAAGUCCCCCUGCUGGCAGACGAGCUGCACCACGACAUCCAGGAGCUGGUGAAGGCAGAGCGCGGAGACAUCAGCGAGCUGAUGACCACUUCCUUCUCUGAGACGCGCACCACAGAGGAGCUACUUCCUGCCGAGAGCGAAGAGGAGAAGGACGACGAGGAAGAGGAGGAGCGGGCCUUCCAGAACAGGCCCUACCCUCCCCGCAUUGAACCUCAGCCCAAUAAGAAAGUGUCGGCCAUCGAAGAUUACGAUUACACCACAUCCGAAAGAGCCCCUACCUACGAAUACGAAGAGAAGAUCAACACCUCAGUGGAGCUAAAACAGGUUGUCUACAAGUCUCCAGAGAUCCAGAGAGACGAGUUGCAACCGGAUGCCCUGGAGACGUUUAACCGCGGCGCCAUGGUGGGGCUGCUGGUGGUGGCGGUGGCCAUCGCCAUGGUGAUGGUGAUCAGCCUGCUGCUGGUUCGCCGGAAGCCGUACGGCACCAUCAGCCACGGCAUCGUGGAGGUGGACCCCAUGCUGACCCCGGAGGAACGCCAGCUCAACAAGAUGCAGAACCACGGCUACGAGAACCCAACCUACAAGUUCUUCGAGCAGAUGAGCUAAGGGGCCCAGCGUAUCUCCCCGGUAGUCGUCAUGUCCUUUAGUCAUUUAUA